CACAACAACGGCCGUGAAGAGUCAAGGGCUCGUUAUAGUCGUGCGUAGGUCCUACGGCGUAGCAUCGACGUCGUAGCCUACGCGUCGGUUUUCAUUUAUACUUCUGCGUCGUUGUCCGCGUCGACGUGUAUGUACACAUGCAGACCGCUAGUCGGCAGUAUCCGAGAAAAUCUAACUAACAGUAGCAGCAGUGCAACAGCCGAAGAAGCGGCAUUGUGUAUGUUUGAAAGAAACAGGCAGCAAUGGCGGCACGUCGACAGCGACUAUUGUUGGAGCUUGAAAUGUUAAACAUUGAAGAACAGAUUAUUUUUCUAAAACUACUAAAAAGGAAACGACGACGAAAUGACAGAAGAUGGGGUGUUCGACCAUUGCAUCAAACGAGAGAGAAUGAAGGAGAGUUUGUCACGCUUGUCCAACAGAUGCGGGACAUGGAUGUGGAGAUGCAUUUCCGAUAUUUUUGUAUGUCGGCAAGUCGAUUUGACGAUUUGGUUCGUCGUUUACAACCCUUUAUAAGUCAUCAGUCAACCCAUGGUAUGCCAAUAGAUCUUCGGCAAAGACUGGUAGUGACCCUUCGUUUGUUAGCUUCAGGUGCUAACCAACAAACAGUAGCUGCUAGCUACAAAAUAGCGGCAUGCACAAUGUCUUCUAUUGUGUCCGAGGUCUGUAAAGCACUUUGGAAAGCAUUGCAGCCAGAGUUUCUACCAUGCUGCAAUGCAGCGCAGUGGGAAGCUAUCGCAGCUGAUUUUUGGCGGUUGUGGAACUUUCCGAACUGUGUUGGAAGCAUCGAUGGAAAGCAUGUAAACAUCAAGGCCCCGCCGUCAUCUGGUAGUGACUAUUUUAACUACAAGGGUGUACACUCCAUUGUCCUUUUGGCUACCUGCGACGCCAGGUAUAGAUUUACCAUGGUUGAUGUGGGAGAAUACGGGCGAGAAAGUGAUGGAGGAAUCUUUAAGGAGAGCACAUUUGGUUCCAUGUUGCUCGAGCAGAAACUGAAUCUGCCCCCGCCAGCCAAUCUCCCAGGGACCAGAGUCACACUGCCACAUGUGAUAGUUGGAGAUGCUGCUUUUCCACUUCUGAAUAAUCUCAUGCGUCCCUUUCAAGGAGGCGCAACCAUGACAAUGGAAAAGCAGAUUUACAACUACAGACAUUCCAGAGCCAGACGUGUUAUCGAGAACAGCUUUGGAAUUUUGGUGGCAAGAUGGAGAGUUCUGGGACGAGCCCUGGAAUUCCAUCCGGACAAAGCAGUCGAUGUUGUGAAGGCGUGUGUCAUGCUUCACAACUUUCUCACAUACACAGAUGAAGUGAACACGCCUGCAAACCGAUACAUCCCUGCUAAUUUUGUGGACACAGAUGCUUCUGGUGUCCCUCAACCUGGGGAAUGGCGAGCGGUUGUUGCAGACAAUGGUACUUUACAUGCACUUGAUCCACGCUACCUGUCAAGGUGCCGUACCAGUAGAGCUUCUAUGGGUGUUCGUAAUGACCUAAUGUCAUUCUUUUAGUCACCACAAGGACUUGUACCAUGGCAGAACCACAUUGUUUGUCGUGGACUAUUAAAUAAUGUUCUCUAAACAAUCUGAUUGUUAAUAUGUGACUUGUGAGAUGCAAGUGUAAGGCCAAAGUAUCACAUUUUGCUGAUAUUGAUGCUUCUGUGAGACGAUGAAACAUUCUUGGUCAAAAGGCAUAUCAAAUAAAUGUGA